GGUUGGCAGCACUUACAGCGAAGUCUCAUGCUUCUCUUGGACUUGUAAAGAGCGUGAAUUAUAAGUUAAGAUUUAUUAAAGAAAGAAAGUAGUUAAGGUUAUCGAAAAUUUAUAAAGAUGAGUACAUCCAGUUUCGAAAGACCGACGGUUAAUGUCGAUCCAGAACUGAAGGAUUUCAUCGAAGGAGAAACGCAGAAAAGGAAAUUCCAAUAUUUAGUUCACGAAUUAACAGAAAAGUGCUGGGAUUUGUGCCUGGAUAAACCAAGUUCCAGAUUAGAUUCGAAAACCGAAAACUGUUUAACUAAUUGUGUUAAUAGAUUCAUCGAUACAACUAAUUUCAUAGUUCAAAGAUUAGAAAAAGAAGGAAGCAAGUAUAUGAAGGACGAAUUAGAAUUCAAUUAAUGUAUUAUUAUUAAUUAAUAUGAAAUAUACAACUGUUGUAGAUCAGCUGGGUUGUUUCAUGAACUGUAUAGUUUAUAGAAUGUCAUCGCAUUUACUAUUUUAAAAAUUGAUUAAAGUAUUUGUUUCAAUAAUAAAUGCGAACAUUGAAAAAUGGGAUUUACAGUAUGUGAAUAGAAAAGUUGUUACAAAUACUAUUUUCUUAUCUAGAAGAAAGUAAUGUAUCAAAUUGUUUUAUGAUUAAAAUUUAGAAACUGACUUGAA